AUGGAAAUCGCUCUCUUGCCAGAAUUUGGAUGGUCUAUUAAGAACUCUCCAGUUUAUGGACCUGGAUCUGUAUUUCAAGGAUUUGUCAAAGCAAAAUUUACAGAAGAGCAAUUAAGAAAAGCUGAUAGACUUCGUAUCGUAUUUCAUGCUACUGAAUCUAUCUACAGCUCAGCAUACAUCAUUCCCAUAUACAACAAUCAACUUUUUGGCACACAAAAGACUCUUUGGAAGCGAAAAAAUAAUAUGGAACAAACUUCACUCAAAUGGGAACCUGGAGUGCAAGCAUCUAUCCCUUUCAUCGUUCAAUUACCCCUCGUUCAGUUUCCUCCUUCAGCCAACAUCACAUCAGAUGGGAAAGAGAUGUCUUACCAAUGUAGACAAGUACUUUCCGCCUAUCUAGACGAUUCAGAAGCUAGUGUGAUCGCAAAAUGUCACAAAUCAAUCAACUAUAUACCAUUUGUUGAAACAGGUAUAUCUAAAAAACCAAUCAAUAUAUCAAACUUGGAGAAAACACCAUUACCCGAUAAUGAUAAUACAAAACAGCCUUCGGUUAAUGUGAACCUCCAUUCACUUGAUUAUAUAUCUGGAGAUAAGAUACCUUUGUCCUUGACAUUCCAUCAUAUACCCAAAAAAUCAAUUGAUUCUGUUUCCUUCAGACUGUAUCAAGUCCAGACUUGGAAUAAAAUCACUAGAAGUGAAAAGUCAAUGAAGGGUGAAUUCAGAUCAAAACACCUUGUCUCUCAGAAUACUAUCAAUUCAUUAUCAGAGUCAGCAAUCAUUGAAAGUGGCGGCAACAGUGUUAAGUCUUCUCUCAGCACUUCUCUACAGAUUCCAGUAGAUACCUUGCCUACAUUCACCUAUAGUCCUGUCUUUUCGCUCUACUAUUCACUAGAAAUCACAAUCACGAAAAAGGGAAAACUCUGGUCUCAUAAACUUGAUCUCAAUCAUGUCCCUAUCAAGAUUGGUACGCUUGGGUAUGGUAUUAGAUCAUCAGAAGAAAUCAAGAUUUACUCUGUAUUUGCUAGUGUAUUUGAUCAUCAAGCAAACCAAAGACAAGGUACAGUCCUGCCUGUGCCACGGUUUUUAAAUGUAAUUGAAUAUGAAGACACUUUGCCUGUAUACAUCAAUGAACAACUUCCUACCUAUGAAUCUAUUGUAAAGACUUAA